AUGGGUGUGAUGGUGUCAACGCAACACAGACUGUGCCGCGUCCAGGAGCUGUUGGUCCGAGUCAACAGAGACGAUAUCCAGCACUACGAGCCACGGUCAUCCGCUAUCGAGGCUACACACUGGGGCUAUCGAGGCUACACACUGGGGCUAGCAAAUGGGCACUUAGCUGCGAGGCUAGCUGCUCACAAAACCCAGGAUGGUUCCGGAGUCUGGCCAGUAGAAGCAGUUCUUGGGUCUUUCCCUCUGUGUGACUUGACUGAGGAGGAUCUGUGUCAGAAUCCUCAGUUCUGUAAACUCAUGGCCACUCUGACCCAGCACGUGGACAGCACUGGACUCACACUAUCACUCAAGACAGAGCUGGACAAGGCCGAGCAGAGGCUGCAGAGCCAGAAGAGGAACUGGCUCCGUUCACAAGGUCUGUUCCAGUCUCUGAAGGAGAUGAUCCAGGAGCACUGUGUGAGGAAGCACUACGCCACUGUCCCACCGGACCAGAACAUGUUCUACGAGACGCUGGAAAAGUGUCUCCUGGUGACGCAGUGUGUUCGCAUGUUAGAUCCCAGCGACACCACUGAGAAGGAGCUGCCCAACGUCCUGGGUCUGCGGCCGGAGCAGGUGCUGCAGCUCAUGCCUCCCGACAAGAACGUGCAGAGAAUGAAACAAGGUCUUUCUUAUGAGCUGGAGAAACAUCUGAAGAAGAAGUGUCUAAGUCUGCUCUGUUACUGUCAUCCUGAGUGGGAAAGAGAAAGUGAAAACCUGAAAUGUACUAAACUGUUGCACCUGGCAAAGCAACUGGAGACGGACAGAAAGAGCGCAGAGAACCUGAAGGAGAGCAGUCGAGAGAAGAGCUUCCUGCUUCAGCGACAGUCUCAGCUUUAUCUCUCAGAGAUGAUUAAAUGCAUUAAACAUCUACAAACUCUGAUCCUGGAUCACAGACUGAAGAUUCAGACAGAGUUGGACAAGAAAAUGUUGGACUACUUUGAAGGCAAAUGUGAACUAGUCCUACAAAAGAUUAAAACUGAGAUGGUUGACAUUCAGCUGGACACGUACAAACCAGACACAAUAUCUGCCCACAGGAAAAUAAGAGAGAAAUUGGAGGCAGAGUUAAAGUGUUGUCAGGAGGAGAAGCAGUCUGUGAAGGUCAAACUUUCUUCUUUUGAGCUUUUGGGAAAAGAGUUCCAGGCCCUGGCUGAAGAUGUCACAGCCCUCUCCCCGUGUGCUACCACGGCAUGCUCCUCUCCUGUCCGCCACACCGGCCCGGACACCGCUUCACUGGAUUAUUUCACCAUGUCGGAGGUUCGCAAAUUCACCAAGAGACUGAGCAAGCCCGGGACCGCAGCGGAGGUCCGGCAGAGCGUGUCCGAAGCCGUGAGGAGCACAGUGGAGCUGGUGGAGCAGCCAAAGAUCAUUGAGCCGCUGGACUAUGAGAGUGUGGUGUUCCAGAGAAAAGCCCAGAUCCACAGUGACCCACACCGAGACCUCCUGCUGUGCCCCGUGGAUGAUGUGUCGGAAACACAGAUUUCCCGCCAGAGGAGGACGGUCGUUCCCUCAGUGCCACAGAACGCCGAGCGAGAAGCCAGGAGUCUGUUUGCCAAAGAGUGCAUCAGGAUGUACAACACAGACUGGGAGGUCAUCAACUACAAAUACGAAGCAUACUCCGGAGACUUCCGCAUGCUGCCCACCAAAGGCCUGAAGUCGGACAAGCUCCCGGCACAAGUGUUUGAGAUCGAUGAGGACGCUAAAGACGAGGACUCUUCGUCGCUGUGCUCUCAGAGGGGAGGCGUGAUGAAGCAGGGCUGGCUGCAGAAGGCCAACAUCAACAGCAGUUUGUCUGUGUCCAUGAGGGUUUUCAAACGGCGCUACUUCUACCUGUCCCAGCUUCCCGACGGCUCCUACAUUCUCAACUCGUACAAAGACGAGAAGAACUGCAAAGAAACCAAAGGCUCCAUCUACCUGGACUCGUGCAUCGACGUCAUUCAGAGUUCCAAAAUGCGGCGGAACUGCUUCGAGCUGAAGAUGCAGGAGCGCUACAGUCACUUUCUGGCGGCGGACAGCGAGGCCGAGAUGGAGGACUGGGUCUGUACGCUCAGACAGGCUCUGAGCAGCGCGGAGGCGGGGCCUGAGCGCCGGAACGGAGCCGAGACAGACUGCGCCUUGGAUGACGACAGCAGCAGCCAGGGAAAAGGGGAGGGUCUGCUGGAGAACCUCGGGAGGAGCCUACACCCGGAGCUCAUGAAGUACGCCAGAGAGACAGACCAGUUCAAUAAGAUGAGCCGGAGCGAGGGCAGACAGAAGCUGUUCUCUCUCGACCCGGAGACACAGAGGCUGGACUUCUCUGGGAUCGAGCCCGAAGUGAAGCCUUUCGAAGAGCGGUUUGGUCGCCGCAUCAUGGUCAGCUGCCACGACCUGAGCUUCAGUCUGCAGGGCUGCGUCAGCGAGAGAGCCGACGGCGUUCUCACCAACGUGGAGCCGUUCUUCAUCACCCUCGCUCUGUUCGACGUCUCCAAGAACUGCAAGAUCUCGGCCGACUUCCACGUGGACCUGAACCCGGCGGUCGUGAGGGACAUGCUAACCGAUGCCUCCGGCCAGCCCUCCCCCUCCCCCUCCUCCGACUCCUCAGAGGGGGGAGGAGGGGUAGGAGCAGCCGCUAUGGUGAACGGAGGCAGUGGGAGCGGGCUGCCUGUGGUGCAGAGGGCGUCAGAGGCCGUGCUGAGGUUCCCCACACAGGGAAUCUUCUCCGUGACCCACCCUCACUCCAACAUCUUCCUGGUGGCACGAGUGGAGAAAGUCCUGCAGAACGGGAUCACCCACUGUGCAGAGCCGUACAUCAAGACCUCAGACACUACCAAGACGGCUCAGAAGGUGCUAAAAUCAGCCAAACAGACGUGCCAGCGCCUGGGCCAGUACAGGAUGCCUUUCGCCUGGGCUGCCAAGCAGGUUUUCAAAGACGCUCAGGGCAGUUUGGACAUGGAUGGGAAGUUCUCUCCGUUGUACCGACAGGACAGCAGCAGGAUCUCCUCCGAGGACCUGCUGAAGCUUCUGGCCGACAUCAAGAAGCCCGAGAAAAGCAAAUCUCAGACUAUCCCAGGACAACUGAAUGUCAUCAUUGAAUGUGUACCUCCAGAUUUCUCAAACACCGUCACCUCGUCCUACAUCCCCGUGAAGCCGUUUGAGGAGGGCUGUGAGCGCAUGUCUGUGGAGGUGGAGGAGUUUUUACCCGAAGAAGCCAAAUACAACUUCCCUUUUACAAGCUACAAGAACCAGCUGUACGUCUACCCCCUGCAGCUCAAGUACGACAACCAGAAGACGUUCACCAAGGCACGAAACAUAGCUGUGUGUGUUCAGUUUAAAGACUCGGAUGAAGAAGGAACAACCCCUUUAAAGUGCAUCUACGGAAAGCCAGGAGACUCACUCUUCACCAGCAGUGCGUACGCAGCUGUGCUGCACCACAACCAGAGCCCUGACUUCUACGACGAGAUCAAAGUGGAACUCCCGGUCCACGUGCACGAAAAACACCACAUCCUCUUCACCUUUUACCACAUCAGCUGCGAGUCCAGUAGUAAAACCAGCAGCAAGAAACGAGAGGGCGUCGAGACUUUAGUGGGAUACUCGUGGACGCCUUUGCUCCGAGAUGGAAGGAUGCAGUCUGUGGACAUGCAGUUACCAGUCGCAGCCACUUUACCUCCAGGAUAUCUGUGCAAAGACUCCCGCAAGUCUCAACCGGAUGUCAAAUGGGUGGAAAACGCCAAAUCCCUUUUCAAAGUGAGAACUCAUGUAGCCUCCACCAUCUACACUCAGGACCUGCAUCUACACAACUUUUUCCAACACUGUCAGCUGCUCAGGACGACCUCCGAGGGCAGCCCCGCAGAUCUGAUCAAAUACCUCAAGUGCCUUCAUGCGAUGGAGACCCAUGUGAUCAUCCACUUCCUGCCCACGAUUCUGAUGCAGCUGUUUGAAGUCCUCACCUCCGCGACCAAAGAAUCCCAAGACACCGCCGUCAACUCCCUGCGGGUUAUUAUACAUAUUGUGUCCAAAUGCCACGAAGAAGGAGUGGAGCACUACCUGCGAUCUUUUGUUAAGUUUGUGUUUGUGAGCCGUCCUUCUGCAGGGAGUUCCUCUACGACUCAUGAGGUGUUGGCCACGGCUGUCACCACGGUCCUGAAGCAGACGGCGGACUUCAUCACCUCCAACAAACUGCUGAAGUAUUCCUGGUUCUUCUUUGAAACGAUGGCAAAGUCAAUGGUCCAUUAUCUGCAAGAAGGAAACCGGAUGAAGAUGCCCCGAACUCAGAGGUUUCCGGAGAGUUUCCACCAGUCGCUGCAGUCUCUGGUCCUGUCUAUCAUGCCACACAUCACCAUCCGCCAUUUCGAGAUCCCAGAGGAAGCCCGCGCCGUCAACCUCAGCCUUGCCCAUUUCAUUAAGAGGUGUUUGACGUUGAUGAACAGAGGGUUUGGGUUUGCGCUGGUCAAUCACUACAUGUGUCACUUCACUCUGAAGGAUCCAAAGGUUCUGUCUGAGAUGAAAUUUGAGUUCCUAAUGACCGUCUGCAACCACGAGCACUUCAUCCCCCUGAACCUGCCCAUGGCGUUCGGACGCACAAAGCUGCAGCGAGUUCAAGAUUUUAUUCCAUAUGCGACGGAGCUUUUUGGGCCUGUAGUAGAGCAGAGCCUGGAGUACAACCUGACAGAGGAGUUCUGCAGACAUCACUUCCUGGUGGGUCUGCUGCUGCGGGAGGUGGCGGAGGCUCUAGUCCAAGCUCCCGAGGUGCGGCAGCUGGCUGUGAGCGUGCUCAAGAACCUGCUCAUCAAACACGCCACAGACGACCGCUACACGGCCUUUAAGAACCAGCAGGCCCGGAUCUGCCUCCUGUACCUGCCCUUGGUGGAGCUGAUGUACCAGAACCUCCAACAGCUCUCUGCUCCUCCCUACACCGUCAGCCCCGGACUCAAUGGAUCCAGAGACGACCUACUCUGCUCUGGAUCCUCCGACAGCAGGAGGACCAGUACCGCGGUAGACAGAGACCACGGUCUACUGGUCCUGAACGGUCUUGUCAGACGAGAGGACUCCAGAGGCUCGCUGUUCAUGGACCCUCCAGAGUCUGAGCUGCAGCGUAGAUCCUCCACCAUGAGCUGCAGUCCGGUGCCUCCUUUGGGUCGACUCGGUUCUUAUGAGAUCAAAGGCCUUCUGCUGUGUUUCCUCCACAUCACCAGGACCAUGGCCGAAGAUACUUUGAUGGCCUACUGGAACAAACUCAACCCACAAGACGUCAUGAACUUCCUCAGUUUACUCGAGGUUUGCAUCGUUCAAUUUCGAUACCUGGGGAAAAGGAACAUUGGACGGAGCCAAGACGUGUGUUUGUCUAAACUGUUUUCGUCAGAGAGAAAGUCCCAAACGAUGCCUGUCAUGAGGUGCCACAGAGCCAGCCUCAUGCAAACCAAGAUCAACCAGUUCAUGGAGGCCUCCCUCACCCUCAACAUCGGCAAUGGUCUUUCUGAAGCGGAGAUCCACCACCAGGCUCUGCUGGAGGGAAACAUGUCCACAGAGAUCAGCCUCAGUGUCCUGGAUGUGCUGGCUCAGUUCACUCACUGUUUCAAGAACCAGCUUCUGGAAACAGACGGCCACAAUCCACUGAUGAAGAAAGUCUUUGACGUCUUCCUCACAUUCCUCAGAAUUGGCCAAUCAGAGACGGCCGUCAGGCACGUGUUCGCCGCCCUCAGAGGACUCAUCAACAAGUUCCCGUCGGUGCUGUUCAAAGGCCGUGUGACCCUGUGUGAAGCCCUGUGCUGCGAGGUCCUCAAGUGCUGCGUGUCCAAACUGGGCCUGCUCCGAGCCGAGUCGUCCGCCCUGCUCUACCUGCUGAUGAAGAACAACUACGAGUUCACCAAGAGGAAGACCUUUCUGCGCACGCACCUGCAGAUCAUCAUUGCGGUGAGUCAGCUGAUCUCAGACGUGGCUCUCACCGGCAGCUCGCGCUUCCAGGAGUCUCUCUCCAUCAUCAACAACUUUGCAAAUAGUGACAAAGCCAUGAAGUCCACCGCGUUCCCGUCGGAGGUGAAGGGUCUGACCAAACGGAUCCGCACGGUGCUGAUGGCCACGGCGCAGAUGAAGGAGCACGAGAAGGACCCAGAGAUGCUGCUGGACCUGCAGUACAGCCUGGCCCGCUCCUACGCCAGCACCCCCGAGCUGCGCCGGACCUGGCUGGACAGCAUGGCCCGGGCCCACCUCAAGAACGGAGACCUGUCUGAGGCCGCUAUGUGCUACGUCCACAUCGCUGCGCUGGUGGCAGAAUACCUCCACAGGAAAAAGCUGUUCCCGACUGGACUGGCCGCCUUUAAGAAGAUCACCUUUAAUAUUGAUGAGGAAGCGGCCAUGAGAGAAGACACGGGAAUGCAAGACGUCUAUUAUUCUGAAGAGGUCCUGGUGGAACAUCUGGAGGUCUGUGUCGAGGCCUUGUGGAAAGCAGAACGCUACGAGCUAAUCACACACAUCGCUAAACUCCUCAUUCCUAUUUAUGAGAAACGGCACGACUACGAGAAACUGAGCCGCUUGUAUGACACGCUCCACCGGGCCUAUAACAAGAUCAUGGAGGUGAUCCAGUCCGGGCGCCGGCUCCUGGGGACCUACUUCAGAGUGGCCUUCUAUGGACAGGGAUUUUUCGAAGAGGAGGACGGCAAGGAGUACAUUUACAAAGAACCAAAACUCACGGGUUUGUCGGAGAUCUCCCAGAGGCUCUUGACACUGUACGGAGAGAAGUUUGGACCGGAGAAUGUCAAAAUCCUUCAAGACUCAAAUAAGGUGAACGCCAAAGAGCUGGACCCCAAGUUCGCGUACGUGCAGGUGACGUUUGUGAAGCCAUUUUUUGAGGAGAAGGAGGCGCCAGAGAAGAAGACGGACUUUGAAAAAUGUCACAACAUCAAUCGCUUUGUGUUCGAGACGCCGUACACGCUGACGGGAAAGAAGCACGGCGGCGUGGAAGAGCAGUGCAAGAAGAAGAUCGUCCUGACAAGCGCCAGCACGUUCCCGUACGUGAAGAAGCGAGUGGAGGUGUUGGGGGAGCGGCAGGUGGACCUCAAACCCGUGGACGUGGCCAUCGACGAGAUGAAAGCUCGCACCGCAGAACUAAACAAACUCUGCUCCAGUCCCGAAGUCGACAUGAUCCAACUCCAGCUCAAACUGCAGGGAUGUGUGUCCGUCCAGGUAAACGCCGGCCCCAUGGCGUACGCUCGGGCCUUCCUGGACGACAGCAGAUCCAGUCACACCAACAGCAAGAAGUCCAAAGAGCUCAAGGACAUUUUCCGGCAGUUUGUCCAGGCCUGCAGCAUCGCUCUGGACAUCAACGAACGUCUGAUCAAAGAGGAUCAGGUCGAGUAUCACGAAGGCCUCAAGUCCAACUUCAAAGAUAUGGUCAAAGAGCUGUCGGAGAUAAUCCACGAGCAGAUCUACCAGGAGGAUAUGCUCCGGUCGCUGCUUCACAACUCUCUCCAUGUGUUCCGGGUGAUCAGCGGCACAUCCGCGGAGCUGGGAUGA